AUGGAGCAGCUCGUGGAUCCCGCGCUACCACCACCAUCAGGCCCGUCAAACCCUCCGUACAUAACCAGCACGCAUUUUAAGGACAAUGAUGAGUUCCAACGACACCUGGACGACACCGCCUCAGAUAUCAAGAAGCGAGCCGAGGCUGUGCUCAAUCGGAUCGCAAGCGCCAGGGGCCAGAUUACGCCAAAUAUCGCCGAUUUGGAAACCAGGGUUAACAGCCUUCUCGCCCAACAAAAGGAUUAUUUGGUGAAACUCGACCGAGCUCACCAGGAAAAUGAGCAACUAUCUGAAGAUCUCAACAAGGCCAGCCUCAGGUUUUUCAAGGCUGAGAAGCGCAUGGACAGACUAAAGAGUGCUCAAGUGCAGAAGCUUGAGCAGCAGUUCAUCGCCAGCGCCAAGCCAACAAUCGCCGGGGGAGAGAAUGGCAGCGACAACGCUGAGGCAAACGGCAAUGCGGCUGAGGCCUUGAUCAAGUUUGAGGAGGCAUCUGCUGUUGUCGCAAAGCAGAAGGAGCAGUUGGAGGCUGCACAAGCAGACAUCAAGACGCUGCAGGAGGAGAAUUCGGCCCUCAAGUCACGACGUGAAGGUCUCACCGAUGAAGACUUCAUUAGGACCGAAGUUUUCAAGCAGUUCAAAAGCCAGAACGAGGAUCUCAUCAAGAGGGUCAAUCACUUGGAAGCCACAAACAAGCAGUUGAGAGAAGAGGCCGAGAAGCUGCAGUCCGAGCGAACAGCAUUCCGGACCAAGCUCAACGACGAGGCUCAAAUGAUUACUUCGGAUUUGGAGCGACAGGUUGAGGAGCGCGACGCAGACUUGACCCGAAUCCGAGCAGCCCGAGACGAAUGGUAUGCCAAGGCCAACAUGUUGGAGACGCGAGAGAAGGAGGAGAAGCAGGCGCACCAACACCUCAAGGAGCUCACGGGGGCGCAGGAGGACCGGAUCCAGUCGUUGGAAUUGGAACUGCAGCGAUUGAAGCCUGCCGAAGACCAGCAGAUGGCAGACCCCAACCCCGAGUUGGACAGCCUGCCAGCGGAGGAACUGCUGGCCAAAUACAAGAAGCUGCAGCAGGAUUUCGAGUCCAUCAACAAGGAACUUCCCGCGCUUCAACAAGCAUACAAGCGAUCCAUGACUUUGGCACAGAAGAAGGUUAUGGACUUUACCGUCCUCGAAGAACGAGUUGCCGCAGCGCUUGCCGAGAAGCAAAAGGUCGACCAGAAGUAUUUUGCGGUCAAGAAGGACGCCGAUAUGAGGGACCGUGAGCUUGGUGUACUUCGAAGCCAGAACCGCAAGAGUUCUGAAAUAGUAGCUCAACUGAAGGAGGUUGAGGCGCAACAUCGAAUCUUGAUUAGCAACCUCGAGAAGCAACUCUCGGACCUGAAGCAGGCAAAUGCGGCCAUGGCUGCGGAACACAAGAAGAUGGAGACGACCAGCUCCGACGCUGCGCGCCGGGUUGAUUCGUAUAAGAACCAAAUCAACGAAUUGACGAACCUCGUCAAAUCUCGGGACGCAGCCGUCGCUGCAGCGCGAGAACGGACGACUACUCAAGAAGCCGAGGUGGAACGACUCAAGGUGCGCGCAGACAUGGUCCAGAAGGAAAGAGACGAUUGGAAACGCAAGGCGUUGAGCAACUCGUCGGAAGAAGAGGAAAUGCUUAGAACCUUCGCACUAUGUACUGUAUGCCGCAACAACUUCAAGGAUACGGCUUUGAAGACGUGUGGCCACCUGUUUUGCCACCAGUGUGUGGAUGAUCGAAUCAGCAACCGCAUGCGAAAGUGCCCCAACUGCUCACGGGCAUUCGAUCGGUUGGACGUCAUGUCUGUACACCACUAG